AUGUUCAGCAUCAAACGACUGGGCAGGAAGUCCCAGUCGGUGGACCUUCCUGGUUUCCCGCUCACAGACCCAACCUCCUCUCUCGUAACCACGGCAACGGACAGUGUGGUCACCACGACAACAAAGGAGCAUCAAAGCAGCUCCACCAAUCAGAGGCUCCGAGGUGGCCCGAGGCGAGGAGCACUGCAGAGAGGCUUCACCAUUGACGAAGGGCAGAAGCGAGACAUGAAGGACGGGAGAUGGAGAACUUUCCAGCGACCGGCAGGAACCGUGGAGUACAGGGUGGAGUCCAGAGACACCCUGAACAGCAUCGCUCUGAAGUUCGACACAACGCCCAACGAGCUGGUGACCCUCAACAAGCUCUUCUCCAGAGCCGUCGUACCUGGGAAGGUUCUGUAUGUUCCAGAUCCAGACUUUGUGUCCAAUGCUGAGAGUUCUCCCUCCAUGUCUCCCAUCAGCCCCCCCUCCCCGUCCCCCUCUGAGCCUGACCUGCUGCAGGUGUGUUUACCUGAUGCUUACAGUACCUUUGGACUAAAAACCAUGUUGGACAGUAGCUGUGAUCACAGUGAUGUCCUGGUGCAGGGAGCAGUCGGGGGGGUUUUGCUGUUGACUCCCACCACCAUCAUGUUUGACCCGCUGGGCGAGCAGCGGGGUUGCGACCUUCAGGGUGAGCAGCGGGGUCGCGACCUUCAGGGCGAGCAGCGGGGUCGCGACCUUCAGGGCGAGCAGCGGGGUCGCGACCUUCAGGGCGAGCAGCGGGGUCGUGACCCGCGGGGUCGUGAGCAGUUCGGCAUCAUGGCCGCUCUGGAGGAAGUGAUGUCAGUGGCCAUGUGCACUGAGGUCACCGACCCCGGGGUCAGAGGUCAUCUCCCAGACGAUGUGGAGGACUCAGGCCUUCAGGCCAAUGAGAGCAGCAGCUCUGCCGCGGCCUCGCUGUCCAAAGAUGUUUUCUCCGAGUCAGAGGUCUCACUCCUUCAGGACAAUGACGUCAAACCUUCCCAGCAUGCCAUGGGACUCCCAGCCUACCUGGGACAGAGAGCUGCAGUGGUUGGUUUUGGCCAGCAGGGGGCGGGACUUGAACCGCAGGACCAGGAAGCAGAACUAGAGGCAGGUCAUGUUCUUGUGCACCUGAACUGGCCCACAGCCAAUCAGCAGGCAGGCGCAGGUCAGCUGACUGCCAGAGAAGACAGCCUGGCCAAUCAGGAGAAACGUGAGGAGGAAACAGGAAGUGGAGAAGAUACUGAGGAGGGAGGGGCGGGGCCUGGCCAAGGGGCGGGGCCUGGUGGAGAGGCGGGGCCAUCCAGGCGCCGGGCAGGAUUUGUGGUGGUCAAGAAGAAGCAGGAAGUGGAGCCUGGAUCAGAGCGACCUCCAGUCCAUGACAUCACAUCCAAGGACUGGGAGGUGGUGUCUGCAGCAGAGUACCAGCGGCGGGUCGACGCCCUGCACAGCGCCGACCUGCAGGCGCUCUGCAGGCGGCUACAGAUCUCCACCAGGCCGGGAGCUGCUGCACGAUCUGAUCUGGAGUCAGAGCCGCUGAGCCCGACGCUGAGCGAGCCGAGCCGCCUGCUGACCCCCGAACGCAUCCUGCAGCUGGUCAAGCACCUCCCCCCUCGCACGAUUGGCUACCCGUGGACGCUGGCAUUCAGCACGGCCAAUCACGGCUCGAGCAUCAAGACGCUGUACCGCAACAUGGCCGGCCUGGACACACCCACCCUGAUGGUGCUGAAGGAUGGCGAUGGACAGGUGUUUGGGGCUCUGGCCUCGGAGCCUCUCAGAGUCUCUGAUUGUUUUUAUGGAACUGGAGAAACUUUCCUGUUCAGCUUCUGCCCGGAGCUUCAGGUGUUUAAGUGGACAGGGGACAACAUGUUCUUCCUGAAAGGAGACACGGACAGUCUGACGUUUGGGGGCGGGGGGGGGUUCGGCCUGUGGUUGGACGGAGAUCUGUACCACGGCAGGUCCAGCACCUGUGGCACCUUCGGGAACCCUCGUCUGACCCAGAGAGAAGACUUCGUCCUGCAGGACAUCGAGGUCUGGGCCUUCCACUAG